AUGCUGUGGGAUGGUCCUACUGAUUGUUUACAAGUCAUGCCUAUACGUGACUUACCGUCACCGGUCCUUCAGUAUGUUGAUCCUCCCAUCAUCUUAGAGUCGAGUGAUGUCCCUAAUCUCAGCUCAAAUGUCUUCCAGUCCGUCUCUCCACUAACCCUUCGAGAAGCGCUAUCGUGGCUUGCCAGCAUUUAUGACCCACUUGGUACCGUCGCUGAAACCGUGCUCCGUGGCAAACUUGUACUUCGCUAUGCUCAUCGAUGUGGCAUCACAUUUGAUCAACUCUUACCAGGCCCUUUGUAUCGUGAAUUCUACAAAGUCUACCAAGCUCUCAAGUGCCCGAAGCCUGUCCCUCGAAUGGUUGACCAUCAAGUUCUACACGUCUUCGUUGAUAGCUCAAGCUACGCUCAUGGGUGUACUGUUCUCGACAAUAACAUGAACAGGGUGUAUGCUAAAGCCAUGCUACAUGAGCUACCACAUCUCCCAUGGACCAUCGUGCGCAAGGAGCUGUUAUCCCUUAGAUAUGGUCUUAGCCUCGUCAAGCAGCAACUACUUCCUAAUCUCUCCAAACAGGAAGCCACUCGAGAGUUGUAUGUCUAUACUGACAAUUCUGCCAACUUCCAACGUGUCAGGAAGGCUCUACGAGAUGGCAGUCCUUCACCGGAUCUACCAACAUGGGAAAAAACGUGUAUUGCCUCUAUCAUUGAGUUGGCCAACGACUUGCACCUUACUCUGCGGUUUAUACCGGGACCUCUGAACCCAGCCGACUGCUUAUCAAGGGGCUCAAGUGAUGCAGUGGACUACAAGUGUUUAAGGACGACUCUCACGGCGAUCAAGGAAGGAAGUGUUGAUCCCCUCCAGAUUCCACUGGCCCUUACGACUAUUGGGAAUGCAUCUCCUCUCUUGUCCCAUCUCAAGAACCAAUGCUCUGCUACAGAAAUCGCCGAUGUCUUACAAAGGAUACGGCGAGCUCAAGAGAGUGACGACGAGGUAACCCACAUCAAGUUAGCCAUCAAGCGCAACGACGAUCGUCACAAGGACAUGUAUCAUGUUAUCAACGACCAUUACGGCGAUGUAUUGGUUAAGAAACAUCCAGUUAUUGCCGACCAUGUCCAAGUCUUUGUACCUCAGAGUUGCAGGAGAAGCCUUGUCGAUCGCAUCCAUACCAUCUAUGGUCACAUUGGGACAUCGAAGUUGCCAGGGUUGCUGAGCAGAGACUUUUACUGGCCUGGAUUAUCGGGAGAUGCUCGACGUUAUGCAAAAAACUGUGCCACCUGCGUGAAGUUCAAGGGCUCUUGCGUGUUGCGGGCCGGAGGAUUGGGUACAGUCCCCUCUAAGAGUCCUAUACCGAUGGAGAUGAUCGGAGUGGACCUUAUAGGUCCCUUUGUUUCUCCUUCUCUGGCCGAUGACCCACCUCACAAGGUUGAGUACGCGCUGGUCUUGGUCGAUUCGGCGUCGAAGUUUGUAAUCGCAAGACCAUUGUUCUGCCAUGAUGCUGAUUCUACUCUGGAGACGCUGGUGGACUGCUUCUUCUCCGUUGGAUUCCCAUCUUUAAUAAUAAGUGAUCGCGAUGGUAGAUUCCUAUCGAAAGUUGGAUUGGCAGCUCAGAAGCUUUUCCAAUGGAAUUGGAAAUUCUUACCUGCUCAUUCGUCUCCGCUGAAUUCUUGGCAAGAAAUACCCCAUCGUUUGUUGAACAACAUCAUGCGCACUAUCAUCGAAGAUUCGGGGUUACAGCUCCGUGAUUGGUAUCGCCUGCUUCCAUGUGCAGUGUGGGCUUAUAACAAUGUUCCGAGUGAUGUGAAUUGUCCCGUUGCCCCUGCUGAUCUCUUUUUCCAUCACGGUGCUACUGCUCCUACCUCGCUACAACCACGUCGAUUGUCGGAACAAGCUACUAAGUGGUCUAAUGUUCUUCAAGGAUUUCCAGCAGCUCUUCAGAGUGAUGUUGUUCGGUCUAUGGUUAAGAAUAUGCAACGAGUCUAUGCAUCUACUUUCGAUAUUUAUACUAUCCACAACUACGUUCUCAGGAAUAAGAGCGAGGCGUCACUGGCACGCCAGCCCGGACGUCGAGUUCCCGAGUUGCGCGUGGGACAACACGUGAUGCUCGUGCGUCACCAGAGGCGUAAGUUAGAUCCUAUGAUGACUGGUCCUUUCCGAGUAUGCGGUGUUGUUACCAAGUAUUUGGUCGAACUCGAGGACAGAGACCAGAAGAAGCUGGGACGCCAUUUCGUCGGCAAUUUACGACUACUACCAGAUGAGGCGAGUAUUCCUCUAGCCACAGCGACUAGCACGGAUUGGCAGUGA